AUUACAAUUUUAAUCCUUUGAUUAAGGAGCUUUGUUUAUCAAUAUGAGAAACGGGGACGGCCUUUUAAAAACCCGAAGUCUGUCAUUAGUCAUACAACCGUCGACCAGCACUCAGCCACCAGGGCGUCAAGUUUGGUUUGGUUGGUUGCAUAGUUGCGGCCACAUUUUCUAUUGGCUGUAAGGAAGAUUGUUUUAGGCUGACUGAAUUGGAAGCACUAGUCAAUUUGAAGUUACUUGACAAAAUAAAAUAUCAGAAAUGGCUGAGGACACACCUCCUCCCAUAAGGUUGAUGAAUUUCGUGUCCCAAGAAGAGUUAGAUAUAGCAAAGAGUAGUCGGGGUGAAAGAGUGGAUGACGGGACUGCACAAAGAGAUCGUCCGCUCUUCGAGAUUUUGAAGGAGAAUAAAGAUAAGCAAGAUGCAGAAUUCAAUGAGCGGUUUAAGCAUCGACCACCAAAGGCUUUGGACGAAGAUGAGACCGAGUUCCUUGAUAAAUUGGAGACGUCUCGAAAAGAAUAUGAACGACUGCUAGCUGAUGAAGAAGCCCAACAACUCAAGAGCUUUCAAGCAGCAGUGGCAGAAAAAUCUAUGGUUGUACAUGAGGUGAAAGAAAUAUCUCCUGUGUCUGAUGUCCAGGAGAAAAAAGAUAUUACGAAAAAGAAAAGUCGUCCUGUUCAGCCCUUGGGAAUGAUCAUAAAAGCUAAGCCACAAAAGAAAGCUAAAGUGGAGCCCUCACGGGAACCAAAAUCCAGAGCUGCUGAAAAGCCUUCUGCUGAGUUUCAAAGGCAUUCAGACCAGCAAAGAACGCCUAGUAUCAAUGUAGAGAAGCCUCAAGAGCAGUUAAAGAAUUCUGAAUCCAAUGGGGUAAACAUCCCUGAUAUGUUGAAGAGUGGUCUUGUUUCGUACAGUGAUGAGAGUGAUGAUGAGUAGUUUCCUUGGCUGAAUGUUUUAGAAGCUUAUACUAACAUAGUAACAUGCAUUGGCUAUUGUGAAAUUUUUUUUUUGGAUGAUUAUUGCACAAAGUUGUAGCGGUACCUUAUGUAUAUCAGUUUUUCAUCAAAUGUAGAUGACAUAUUGCGGCAUCUGAAAUGCUAGUAAAAUACAGUAUCAGUUACGAGUAGC